GGGGAGCCGAAGCAGGAAGAAAGGCAGGCAGAGAGGGAAGGGAGGCAGGCUGAAUGCUAACCAGCUCCGUCGUAGUCGCACGGCUCCGUACUGUAGGUAGGCUUUGGUAAUAAAACAUCUUGCAAUGGAGAGGAACGACGACCACUAUUAAAGACCUACUAUGCGCCAGUGCCGCAUUCGCCCCGCGCGCUCCCAGCUGCCUCGCCGCGUUCGGCGCGUUUGAUCAGACAAAACCGUGUUUUUUCCGCCGAGUGAAAUGUAUCGCGACUGCUCCGGAUUCACAUUCUGACAAUGGAGAUUGAAAAUAUCGUGGCCAACACGGUUCUCCUGAAGGCGAGGGAAGGUGGAGGAGGAAAGAGGAACGGUCGUAGUAAGAAAUGGAAGGAGAUGCUGAAACUGCCACACAUCAGUCAGUGCGAAGAGCUACGCCGCACUAUAGAGAGGGACUACACCGGCCUAUGUGAGAAGCAGCCGAUCGGCCGGCUGUUGUUCCGCCAGUACUGUGACACCAGGCCGGAGCUGAAGCGCUGCAUCGAGUUCAUGGAUGCUGUGGCCAUGUACCAGCUAGCUCCAGACGAGAAGAGGAGGGACUAUGGACUGAAUGUUCUAGACACAUACUUUAAUAAUGGGUCGGCGGCCCACCUGCCAGACAUACCCCAGGAAGUCGUCGCUUCGUGCCGAGAGCGGCUGGAGCAGAGUCCAUGUAAGGAGCUCUUCGACGACUGCACCAAAAUAGUUCGUGAUUAUCUGAGUGGCGCUCCAUUUUCCUCCUACCAGGAGUCCAUGUACUUCUCUCGCUUCCUGCAGUGGAAAUGGUUGGAGAGGCAACCAGUAACCAAAAAUACAUUUAGGCAUUAUAGAGUACUAGGAAAAGGUGGAUUUGGCGAGGUUUGUGCCUGCCAAGUACGUGCCACCGGUAAGAUGUACGCCUGUAAAAAGCUGGAAAAGAAACGAGUGAAGAAAAGAAAAGGUGAAGCAAUGGCACUAAACGAAAAACGCAUUUUAGAAAAAGUUAACAGUAGUUUUGUAGUUAGUCUAGCUUAUGCUUAUGAGACCAAGGAUGCGCUGUGCCUGGUGUUGACCAUAAUGAAUGGAGGCGACCUAAAGUUCCACAUCUACAACAUGGGCAACUCGGGCUUCGAUGAGCAGAGGGCCAUCUUCUACGCUGCCGAGAUCUGCUGUGGCCUUGAGGACCUGCAUCGCGAGAGGAUAGUCUACAGGGAUUUGAAACCUGAAAACAUCCUUUUGGACGAUCGUGGACACAUUAGAAUUUCAGACCUGGGCCUUGCUGUUCAAAUCCCUGAAGGAGAUACGAUACGUGGGCGAGUGGGCACCGUUGGAUACAUGGCUCCGGAGGUGAUCCAGAACGAGAGCUACACCUUUAGCCCGGACUGGUGGGGGCUGGGCUGCUUGAUCUUUGAGAUGAUCCAGGGCCAGUCGCCCUUCCGCAAACGCAAGGAGCGCGUCAAGCGAGAGGAGGUGGACAGGAGGGUGCGGGAGGAUCAGGAGGAGUACUCUGAUAAGUUCUCUGACGAGGCAAAGGAUAUCUGUAGACAGCUCCUGGCCAAGGACCCCAAGGAGCGACUGGGGUGUCAGGGGCGUGGGGCCAUAGAGGUCAAGCAGCACCCCAUCUUCAGAAACAUCAACUUCAAACGGCUGGAGGCCAAUAUGUUGGACCCGCCCUUCAUCCCAGAUCCUCGAGCCGUUUACUGUAAAGACGUCCUGGACAUCGAGCAGUUCUCCACCGUCAAAGGCGUGAACCUCGACCCCACGGACGAUGACUUUUACCACAAGUUCGUCACGGGCAGUGUCUCCAUCCCGUGGCAGAACGAGAUGAUUGAGAUGGAGUGCUUCAAAGAAAUCAAUGUCUACGAGACAGACGGGACACUGUGCCCAGACCUGGACAUGAACCGGCCUAAUCCUCCACCAAAGAGAGGCUUCUUCUACCGUCUGUUCAGAAGAGAGGCAAGUGCUAGUGCUCCAGCAACUGUCCGAGGGGGUGGGGGCUAAGGUCUGUUUCAAGAGCGGCUACAGUGACGACGAGACCGAAGAGCCCUCGAGACUUUAAACCACUUCCUCCACCUGCCUCCACCUCUCGCCGCUGAACUUCACCACAAACUCCAACAGAGUGCAAAUCUUAGGAACUCAGUGAAUGUUGACCUGUAUUUAUGAGCUGUAUUAAAAGUGUAUUAUAAUUAAAGAAAAGAGUAUGAGUUUAAAGAUUUUGUACAUUUGUACUUGAAUUUAUGUCUAGAUGUAUAUUUUCACUAAAGGUUGUAUUGUACAAAAAGCCAUAAAGUACCACUUGAAUGCAUACAUUACUCUAUUAUUUCCUAUUGAUUUUCUUCUGGAAUGAGUAUGGAUAAUGUGUAUUGGGACGUUUUUUAAGAAGCACAGUACCAGUAGUUUUUCUUUUUUCUUUAAUGUAGCAUAAUGCAUUUUGUUUUUAUAUGUGCUGUAUGUUUGGCUUUUUUUUUUUUUUUGAAGUGUCCAAUCUUAGUAAUUUUAGGGGCCCCAAACUAAUUGACUGGAGAAUGAGUUUGAACACCGGAAGAGAAGUUGAUGAUGGCACUGUAUCAGAGGGUUGACCUGCGAUGGCGGUGGUUUCACCUGGAUAACAAAUUUCUGUUGCAUCAAACUGACUUCCAUUGAUUCAGCUGUCGGCAGCAAUUAGCCUCUGUGUUAACAGAAUAUACGGCCCGCUUUGGCCUCUGUGCCGGUUGAUCCUGAACAGGACGAUGCCCGUCUGCUGCUAUUAGACAUCUCGCUAGGUCACAGUUGAGUCCACUUCUAUAAUCGAUUCCAUUAGAAUUUUGUGCGAUGUUGAUAGGAAUCACUUGCAGUGAUCUCAUCCAUCUGUGUAGAGGAAAACUCGGCCACUCGCCUGACCACAAUUGUGCCCUUCAGUUGUACAGUGUAGAAGAGCUACUUCCUCCCCAGUUAAACCAUCAUAAAAAAAUGUGUCCCAAGACACAGAAACAUCAAAACAUUCUCAACUCAUUGAAUUAAAUAUUUGUUUGUUCUCACUGUGAUCUCAUUUAAAGCUAUACUGCUUUUCAGGCCAUUGCUGUUUUCUCCUCGUCCCCUGUUUUAAUGCUGUGAAUACCCACUCUUGACAUGUUAGCCUUCUGUGUGUGUUUAAUACACUGUAUGCUGAGGCCGCUUUUGUUCAGUUAAUGCAGUAAAUGAGCUAUGCCCUGGUGCUGGUAGAUUUCAGUUACGGAUUCAUUCAUUCUGAAUACAUUUUUUCCACAACAAAGCAAUGUCUGCCUUUUUAACAAUAGUAGAAAAUCAUGUACAGACUUUAAUUUCACUUCAAGUAAUUUCUAUCAGUCAAAUGGCGCAAAUGUUGAAAAUGGUACGCCUAUAUUCACUCAUCUAAUAAUCGAUUUGGUGAGUUGCCUUGUUCUAAAAUGUCUCCAGUUACACAUUCCAUUAUCAAAAUCAGGAAUCAAACACUUGCAUCCUGCUUUUGCUGGCUUGAGUUUCUGAGUGUCUUUUUUCUUUUGUACUUCUUUUUUAAACUUUUAUUUGCUCUCAGGCACAUUUUGAAGCUGAUUUUCUUGCCUAUGUAGAUUUUAACCUUGUAAAUUCUGUAUUUCUAACUUGUAAUUAAGCUCUAACACAUUCACUGUGUUUGCCACCCAUGCCUCUGUCAUUCUAUGGAGUAACUUUACUCUUAUACCAUAUAGCAGUAAAGAAAUUCUGUUUGAUUCAUUGCACUAUGGUGUGUUUUGACAGUGACUAUAGGAAGUGUCUUUAACUUUUUUUUGCCAAAUAUACCAAAAGCUACAAGAAUCAAACUUGCUUUGUUUGUCCGAAGAUUCACUGAAGAAAGACUGACAGCCUUUAUUAAAUGUGCCAAUUACAGAGUUAAGUUCUGCCAUCCCGCCUUUUUUAACCUCUGUAUCUUUCCGUCCAUUCUAAGAGAAAUUCCUUCACAUAAAGGAACUUUAAACAGCUCAACAGUUUUGAAUGUCAGCACUAAGUGCAUUGUAAUGCCUGUUUAAAAAAUACAUAUGUUUUAAUACUCAAGCAUGUAUCAGUUUGUAAUACUUCAGGUUCCUUGUAUAUGUAAAUGAUGACCUUCUUGUGCCAACAUAUCUCACUGGUGUCUGGGGACAACUUUAUAAACGGCAAAGUGACCAGCUGAGUUGGCCCAGUUUAAAAACAAAAGUAUUCAUUCUCUCUGAUGGUAAGUUUGUCCUCAAGAUACUAGGAUGAUGAUAUAACUAAGAGAUCCUGAGUUCCUGUUUCAUUUGAAAUAGAGUUAGUGGAGUAACACUGACAAAAGUGUGGGCUUUCACCAGGAAUUCACACGCUUCUGUCCAGAUAUGUCACUUAGCUGAUGUAUUCAUAGACUAGAGUAAUGACAAAUACAUCACUGUUAUUUAAACUGGGCCUAGGACCUUUUGAUUUUUCCCCUUCUUUUUUGUAUCUGUACAGUCAUGUCGUUCAACCACUGCAGUCAUUGUUAAUUCUUGUACAAGUUGUAUCACUGGUUGUUGUACCAUAUCUGACAUUUGUAAUUAUGAAAUAAUACACUGCCAUUUGUAUAAAAAUA